UCUGUACGUCUCAUUGAUGAUUCUAGCACACACAAAGAACAGGUUAAGCUCAGACGCACCAGGCCGGGCGGGGAAGAGGGCUGUAACAAGUGGAAAUGGACUUAAGAGGAUUAUUGUGGUCGUUAGUUCCCUGCCGGUCUCAUUAAGGAUGAGCAGCAAUGCCGGUGUGAGAUAGCACAAAUGGUCAGGAACACCGAACGCAAUCGAGUCACAACCAAAGUAGAGGUUUUUUUUUUUUUUUUUGACACUGCAAUGAAAUAAAUUAAUUGCAACAUUCCAUGAUGACCUGCUGUGGUUGUUACCUGCUGGAAGCACACGGUGAUCCGUUUGCAGGCGUGCGUUUGUACCAAAGGACAGUUUCCUGACCAGGACAUUGGCAGGCAGCCUACUGAGGGACAUGAGGACGAGACCUGCUGGGAUUGGCAAUGUCCAUGCCGACUGGAUGGGUUCGCUUCCCUCCAUACUCAGUGCCAUGCCUCUCAAGCAUCUUGCUGUGCCAGGUUCUCAUGACUCCUUCACCUUCUGGGUGGAUGUGCACGCCCCGGUGGGCCCUGAUCAGAAAUCUUAUGUAAAGUACCUAGCCACCAUGUUCAGCGUACUAGCCAAGAAAGUCAUGGUGAAGUGGUCAAUGACACAGAACCUGACAUUCAGGGAGCAAUUAGAUGCAGGAAUUCGUUACUUCGAUCUCAGGGUGUCUUCUAAACCAGGUGAGCCUGGAAAUGAGAUCUACUUCAUCCAUGGCCUCUUUGGACACAAAGUGAGAGACGGCCUGUUGGAAAUUAACUCCUUUUUGAACAGACACAAGAAAGAGGUCGUGUUUUUGGACUUCAAUCAUUACUACGCGAUGGAUGAAGAUCACCAUGUGUACCUCAUCCGUAUGCUACAGGAAGUGUUUGGCAGCAAGCUGUGCAGCGACUGCGCAGUGGAGAACAUUACUCUGAACUACCUGUGGGAGAAGAAAUACCAGGUCAUUGUGUUCUACCAUCACCCAUCAGCUCAAGGUAUCCCUGUGAUGUGGCCUGGAAAUAAAAUCCCUGCUCCUUGGGCAAACACCACUGAGCCCAACAAGCUUAUACAAUUUCUGGAAACCACAUUAAAAGAAAGAAACAAACAGGGAUCCUUCCAUGUCACCCAAGCCAUUCUCACUCCUACGGCCAACACUGUAGCCAAAGGUUUGGUGUGGGGACUGCGUGAAUACCUGGUAGAAAGAAACCUGCCAACCAUAAUGUCUUGGGUUCAGAGUCAACGGCCAGGAGUGGACGGAGUCAACAUCGUCACCUCGGACUUUGUGGAGCUCACUGACUUUGCCAACAUUGUGAUUAAACUCAACAACCUGCUGCUGUCUGAGUCAGAACGCAAACCCAGAUGACACAUGCCCCAUUUUUGACCAGAGGUCAGAUGGUUUGGUUUCAUGUCUUUCUCCUUGUUUGGAUAAAAUGGCUUCAGUAAAGCACAUGAUGACGUUAUUGACUUUCAGGAGGUUUUGUAGCUGGCACGCAGGCAGCUUUUCUGCUGCCUGGAGAGCUUCAGUUUCUAAUUUAACAACUCAAGUUAAAUGCUAGGGUUUGCAGAAAUUUUGUAAGCCUUUAAGUAUUCCUGGAACUCUUAGAUUUUACUUGCAGCCAAGAGGAGUUUGGGAAACCAGGGGUCAGGUUAGAGAGGACGAAGAAUAGUUUGUAUUCAGUUUUACACAAGAAUAUACCUCACAUCGCUGCUAUGAAAUGUAGCUGCAACACAGACCACCCAUUUCACAAACGCUCCACCUGUUACCACGGUUAUAAUAAUCCUAGACACGCUGUUAAUCUUUUACAUCUAGAUGUGUUAUUUAUCAAAAUGGUGACUAAGAUACGAACGCAGAAUUUCUAUUUACGAACAUAGAGAGUAAUGAGAAAAUGCCCAACAUGGAGAUCGUAGAUUUCCACAAUUUCUCUGAGAAUUAUUUGGCCGGACUUUGGCAUCUUUGGGGUUUAUUGUCUGGGACGUUCAUUCCUGGAAAGUUUUCUGCUGAUGUUUUUUUUCAUUAUACAGUAAUAAUUUUCAAAUUGUUUGUAAAUCGCCUUAUAACUCUACCCAAACUGAUGGUGGCAAGAAUUGCGCACCCAAGGUGAUCACCGUCUUUCCUUCUUGGCGUCAACACUCGGCUGGCAAACUGCUGACGUUUACUGCUUUUACACAGGAAGUCACCACUGACAAUGCCUUGUUACUCCAGUGCAUUUGAUCAGAUGCAGCUGGUUGUAACUGUUCCUCCCAAAUCAUAUAAAAGGGCCGACGUACGCAACUUUUCCAUCUCAGCUUUGCAUUUGUUUAUUUCAAAAAUAAAUAAAGGUGUUAAUUGUCUUUGAGAACAGAUUUAAAAUAAUAAAACCUGGUAGAAACCACAUUGGGUUUUUUGGGCGGGGGGAGGGAAAUGAGACCUAAAUCCCUACCAUUUAUAAAUGGGGUGUGCUCCCUGUUUACAGUUACUGCAUGUAGCAGUAAAAGGUAAUGAAAAACAAAUGCAUUUUCAAAUUGGGCCUAGCUAGGGAUUUUAGCUCUUCACUUUUCCCCAGUGAAGUUUUUAUUUUGUUUACUUUUUAUGUCUAGGCUUUGGGCAGGGAGUCCGCUGUGUCUCAACAUGAAUGGCAUUUAACAAGCGCUAUAGACAGUAACACCUUCAGGGCGUAGAUUCUGAAAGGCUAAAUAUGUGUGGAACUUUUUCCGCAAUCCCUGUAAAGCACAUGCACCCAUAAAAAUAAACAGCUACACUUUUUAUGGUUACGGUUUGUUGGGUUUGAUGCAAAAAUAGUAAAAAAAAUCAAAUAAAAAACAAUCCCUUUGGAGAAAUGUUGGGAAAGUCUCAUCAGAACCUAAAUAUGUAGCCGUUAAACUAUGCACAAGUCAAUGAAUGCGUAUUAACUGUAUAAAGUGUUUUCUGUGCAUUUGAAUGUUUUCUGCAUCAGUAUGUGUUCCUAUGUGUUUUGUGCCUUGUGGAUUUAGUGAUUACUAUGCAUCUCAUAGACAACAAUGCUCUGAAUAUCUGCACUUUUAUGGACACGAAAGAAAAAAAAACGGGGACCAAGACAGCAGAGAAUAAGUGAGUUGCCAGAAAUCUUAUAUGUAUGGAACAACUGUGUGACAGACUGAGAAGAAGUCAGUAAGACCAAAGCUAAAUAUCUGAAAAGAAAAAAAACCUGUUAUCCUCAGCAUCAGUGGCAUGUAAACGUUAACUGUGAUGUUUUGUUUUAUGUACAGGCUUGACCACUUCACUUCACACCCUGCCUGAGUUGUUGUUGUUGUUUUUGUUUUGUUUUUUUCAUGCGAAACUGCCUGCAUCUGUCCAGGCCGCGUUGUUGACACUGUUGAGUGUGGUCACCGAGCCCUAUGAGGUCCUCUCUCUCACACUGAGACACAAGCAGAGGCACUUUAAUUGUGGAGUAAU